AUGUGGCACGCUACACACAUAAAGGUGAACGGAGCAUUGUUUUACCACUGCAGACGGUUCAGAAACAAGCGAUAUUGGAAGUGCCUCCAGUACUUCAACACCUGCUGCCCGUGUGAGGUUGUGCUGGACGAGGCGGAAGAAAACGAGUACGACGUGCGGUACUCCCACAACCAUGAAAUAAUUGCCGAAGCGCAGACGCAGCCACGCCCCUCGGUAGAUAUCAUCGAAGAAGAGACUCUGCCUUCUAAGAUCUACUUCACCAAAUCGAGCCGCGGUCGGCCGGCUAUCAUCAUCGACGGCAUCAAGUAUCUGUUCAUGUCGGAGAACCACAAGCGGGUUGUGUGGCGGUGCUCGUCGAUGGCGACCAGCAAGCUCAAGUGUCCGGCGCGGAUACUGCAGUACAAAAACCCGGAACGGUUCGUGAUCCACCGGGAAAAACACGUACAUGCGCCCCUCAAGCGGCACAAGAUGUCCUUCAUCGCGCAGGAGAUGUUUUCCGUGCUCGAAUACACCGUGACAAACUCCAACGGCAAAGUGCUCAACUAUCGCAGCAGUCAGAAGGGUCGGCUGCAGCUGUCCUGCGAUGGAUUCUUCUACGUGAAGGAAAAGACCGUCAAGCAGAAAGAGUACUGGCGGUGCAUCUACUACACCACCAAAAUCAAGUGCCACGGGCGGUUACACACGGUUUCGGGCGAAAUUCAACACGCUACGCCACACAACCACCACGCCGGAGUGUUUAAACGGGCCGACUACAGCCGGCUGUCGGAGAUCAUCAUAUCGCCGGAACAGAGCACGCAGCGAUCGACUACGAAAUCUAUGAAAAUUGAACAUUUAGCGUAG